AUCAAACGUGACCCCGGAUUCCCCGGCUCCACAAGUCCUUACUCAUCCGAGCGGUGAUCUCACGAGACCCCCUCCGAGUCCCACGAAGGCAUUUCGCGGCGCGUGCCGGCGGAUGGCUGCUGUCCCAGACCGAAACACGAGAGGCGAGGCCGGGUGAGCGUGAGGCUCUGCGCCGUGGCCAGAGGUGUGUCUGCCGUGGGGCUCGCUGCUCCCUGUGCCGAUAGGAGCGUCCAGAAAUACCUGCACACGGCCGAGGCGUGUCUGGAAACCUGAUGCCUCAUCGCAGCCGAUGUGGAGGCGGAGGGAGGAGGGCCGAAAGACAUGUCCCUUCACGCUCACAACAGCUGAACACGGAGAAGGAAACUCACUAGAGUCCUUCUUACCGGCACUGAAGGCCUUGGUGUCCCUGUCUCACCCCAGAAGCCUUGCUGUAUUCCAGUACUCUGGGGGGGUGGCAGUCCCGCACCCGCCGGGCGAUGAACAUCGCAAGGAGACGAGGCUUUUACAGACAGGAACUCAACAAAACCGUCUGGGAGCUGCCCAGGAGAUACACGUCCCUCCACCCGGUGGGGUCCGGGGCAUACGGCUCCGUCUGUUCAGCCAUAGACAAGAAGACAGGAGAAAAAGUGGCCAUCAAGAAGCUAUGCCGCCCGUUCCAGUCGGAGAUCUUCGCCAAGAGAGCGUACAGAGAGCUCAUGCUGCUGAAGCAUAUGCAACAUGAGAACGUCAUUGGGCUGCUUGAUGUCUUCACCUCUGCUCCUUCCUACCACGGAUUCCAGGACUUCUACCUGGUGAUGCCAUACAUGCGGACAGAUUUACAAAAGAUCAUGGGACAUGAAUUCAGUGAUGAAAAGAUCCAGUACCUGGUCUACCAAAUGCUGAAAGGGUUGAAGUAUAUUCAUUCUGCCGGAAUCAUCCACAGGGACUUGAAGCCAGGCAACCUGGCUGUGAAUGAAGACUGCCAGCUAAAGAUCUUGGACUUUGGUUUGGCAAGACAUGCUGAUGCUGAGAUGACCGGCUACGUGGUUACACGCUGGUACAGAGCUCCAGAAGUCAUUCUGAACUGGAUGCAUUACAACCAGACAGUGGAUAUCUGGUCUAUCGGUUGCAUCAUGGCAGAAAUGCUGACUGGGAAAACGCUGUUUAAAGGAAAAGAUUACCUAGAUCAACUGACUCAGAUCCUGAAAGUAGUGGGGUAUCCAGGAGAAGACUUCGUGGAGAAACUGGAGGACAAAGCGGCUAAGAGUUAUAUCAAGUCCCUUCCCAAAAUGCCCAAGAAGGAUUUAUCUGUGCUUUUCCCCAAAGCCAAUCCCCAGGCAGUGGACCUGCUUGACAAGAUGUUGCAGCUGGAUGUGGAAAAGCGCCUUACGGCCACAGAGGCAUUGGCCCACCCGUAUUUCGAACAGUUCCGAGACAUCGAGGAGGAGACAGAAGCACAACAGUCCUAUGAUGAUUCUCUGGAACAUGAAAAGCUUUCGAUAGAGGAGUGGAAAAAGCACAUUUACAAGGAGAUCUUGUCCUUCAGUCCCAUUGCACGGAAGGACUCAAAGAAGCGGAGUGGAAUGUCGUUGUAGCAACUGGUGCAGCUGUGACUGGGUUUCACUUCUUGUGCUGGAUGACAGAUCGGAUUUAUUCCACGCUACCUCGCUCAUAGCCAUCGUUUGGCCUGUGGGACUUCUGUGUGUGUGAACACGAAGACGACACCACACUGUGGGCAUUGGACUUUGUACUAUGGAAGGGGGAACCAUCCCCAAACAGUUUUCAACACUAAAGAUAAAUAUAUGUUCAUUGAAAUUU